UACCGUAUAGAGCUCUCCACCAAUAUUAGGGUGGAAGCUCCGAAUUCCUGUCCUACCUAGGGCAAAGAGCGCGAAAAGAGUUGAGACCUGAAAGCUAAAACCCUGAAUGCUCACCGUCGGAAGAUAAAUUGCUUCCUGUCGAUCUGUCUGCUAUUUCCAGGAAACGAAACCCUAAUCCGUAACUGAUACAGUUUCUCGGAAGCGUCUGCGCUGCUCAGGUUUAGGUACUCAAGUUCAAGAUGAGUCGGCCUAUGGAGGAGGAUGCCACACAGGGCAAGAAUGAAGAAGAGGAGUUUAACACAGGGCCACUUUCUGUUUUGAUGAUGAGUGUCAAAAAUAAUACACAGGUGCUUAUUAAUUGCCGGAACAACAAGAAACUUCUUGGCCGUGUGAGAGCCUUUGAUCGGCACUGCAAUAUGGUUCUAGAAAAUGUCAGGGAGAUGUGGACUGAGGUACCAAAAACAGGUAAAGGCAAAAAGAAAGCUCAACCAGUUAACAAGGAUAGGUUCAUCAGCAAGAUGUUUCUCCGUGGAGACUCUGUUAUUAUUGUUCUUAGGAAUCCUAAAUGAGAGAUAAUGAUGAUCUUUUGUAUUACCAUAUUCAAUGGCGCUUCUCAGACAAGUGGUGUUAAGAAUUGGUAAUUACAUGUUGAGGUGACGACUAGGAGCCAAGCAAUUCUGUAAUUCCUGUAGUUGGUGUGGUCAGUAUGGAUGUUAUAUUACCUUUAAGAGAGUACCCUCUGCAUUAAUACUUUAUAUCCAUUCUGGAAUUUUUCAUUGGAAUAGUUAUAUCAUUAAAGUUUUCUUGA